GCUGCUCUGUUCUUAUUGAGGUAAGCAAGAGGCGGGUUAGAGAGGACUUGCUGCACUUUGCUCGUGCUUAGCUGAGGCUGCUGAAAUACUGAACACUGACUGAAUUGCCAAGCACUGUUGAGAGGACUCUGCCCAGGGCGGCUCAGUAAGUGACUUGAAUAGGAGGAGCUUAAUGUGUCGCAUGUAACGUGCCCAGGUCUUGACAGUGACUUCAAGAGUUCUGACAAGGAAAGAUCUGUGCCACUUGUUUCCAGAAAGAUGUUGUCUUACAGGCCCACAGUUGCCCCAGGAAGUAGUGGCCGCCUCGCUGUCCUGCAACGCCACCUUAGUGCGGUUCCAUUAUCAGGACAAGUUACAUCUACAGUUUAUCCAACUAAUUUCUGCUACACUUUGGAUAACAACUUUCUGACCAGAGAACAAAGACAGUUCUAUGAAGAAAAUGGAUUUUUGGUUAUAAAGAAUUUGGUUUCAGCUGACGACAUUGAACGCUUCCGGAAAGAGUUUGAGAGACUGUGCAAGAAAGAAAUCACAGUGCCUGGGCUACUGAUUAUGAGAGAUAUAGCAAUUUCAAAGUCUGAAUAUGUGCCAGACCAAAAGGCUAUCACAAAGCUUCAGGACUUUCAGGAAGAUCCGGAGCUAUUCAGAUACUGCUCCUUGCCUCAGAUUGUUAAGUAUGUGGAGUGCUUUACAGGACCAAACAUCAUGGCUAUGCAUACCAUGCUUAUUAACAAGCCACCUGAUGCAGGCAAGAAAAGUUCUCGACACCCUAUGCACCAAGACUUGCACUACUUCCCCUUCAGACCAUCGGAUCACAUUGUUUGUGCCUGGACAGCCAUGGAAAGAAUUGACCGCAGCAAUGGCUGCUUGGUUGUAAUUCCAGGGACACACAAGGGAACACUAAAGCAGCAUGACUAUCCAGAAUGGGAGGGUGGAGUGAACAAGAUGUACCAUGGUAUUCGUGACUUUGAUCUCAGCAUUCCCAGAGUCCAUCUUGUCAUGGAGAAGGGAGAUACUGUAUUCUUCCAUCCCUUGCUCAUCCAUGGGUCUGGAAUGAACAAAACUGCAGGAUUUAGAAAGGCAAUAUCUUGCCAUUAUGCCAGUGCAGACUGCCACUAUAUUGAUGUGAAGGGCACCACCCAGGAGAAUAUUGAGACGGAGGUGGUGGAACUUGCCAAAAAGCGCUAUGGGUUAUCUGGUCUCACUCUGAAGGAUACUUGGAUGGUUAGGGGCCGGCUUAUAAAUGGAGAGCGAACAAAUCUGUAAUUUGUUUUACAUUUAGCGGUUAAAAAAAAUAAAUUGGUCUUAAUGUCCUAUGUAAUUGCUGUUCAGAUAAUUUAACAUAUUUGUUGCAAUGGUAAUUUUAAUUGUUGCUGUGUUGCCAUAGUUUACGCUAGUUAACCUUUAAUAUUUUGUAUAUGUGAUCAUAAUUUGAUUAGUUGAAAGACGUAAAAUACAAAUAACAUAUUUGACAAUGCUGAUUUUAUGUUAAUUAUGUGUAUUUCGCCAGAAUUUUAACUCACUUCCGCUGUAGAUGCUUGAUUGUAUAUCCUUUAUAGUUUUAUAUAACCAUUGAGGCAGAACACACACUGGAAGCAACAUUUUUCCAUUUAUCAACAAUGUGUAACUGAAAACUACAACUGCAGCAAAUCUUCACAAAAACAGAAUCGCUAAAUAUAGCUAAACACAGUGAUACAAAAUAUCAUUGUACUAUAUUAUAUAAAACAAAAUGUAAAAUUGUAAAUGUGUUUCAAAUAAAGCUCUAACAUGUAAA